GUGUAUAUACGUGUUCCAUAUCGACUUAUAAAUAUAUUAUUUCACGAGGUAUGCUGUAUUGGGGGAUACGAGGGAUACGUGAAAUGGUUAAUAAAAUUACCAGUUGCGAAGGGUAGAAUUAUGGGAACACAUGCAUGUGGAUAUCAACAUCUAAGAAAUUCGAUCCGCUACAGCAAGGCUAUAGACUGUCGACAUUUGCCAGUCAGUCUAAAGAUUUUGGUGCUUGCUAUACUUAUCAGUUGUGAUUGCUUAAAGUGAUAUAAAAGAAGAUAAUAUUUUAAAAAAUGCGCAUACUUAACUUGCUUUUUAUACUUUUAACGAUAUGUGGAUGUUGGCGACCAAAUUCUUGGUCAUCACUGUAUAAACGUGUAGCGUACUAUGUGUAUACAAGCAUAAUAGUUUUCAUAAUAAAUACCUUUAUACUAUCGCUAUUAGUAGAAAUGACUCUAAUAAUGGACAAUACCGAUGAGUUUUGCGAUAAUUUCUUUUUACUAAUAGACCUGUUAAAUACUUUCUUUAAAGCAUUCAUUUUGCUUAUAAAUCGCAAAAACAUUAGUAUGCUAAUCGAUAUACUGACAAAGAAACCAUGUGAACCGUCGACAUCGGCUGAAAUAAAUAUUGUCUAUAAAUUCGAUAAAAGUAUAGAAAAUACUACUUGGUACUACGUAUAUCUGGAGGUGAUAGCAUAUUUAUGGAUGGUGCUAUCUCUUUUAAUCAAUAACUUCAGAAAUAGAAUAUUACCGUACAGAGCAUGGUUCCCAUUUGAUUAUUCGUCAACGUUUCGGUUCUCUCUGAUGUUCACUUAUCAACUGAUAGGUAUAGCUGCGGCAAACAUCAUUAAUAUUGCUUGCGAUUCUCUCAUCUGGGGAUUAUUAGUCCAUAUUUGCUGUCAAAUUGAGAUCGUAACUCAUCGCUUGAGAAGAAUUAUAUCUCAUUCAAACGUUCUUCGCGAUUGUGUGCAUCAUCAUUAUGAUAUAUAUAGGCUUGCGUUUAUCGUAAAUGAAAGGUUUAGACUGACUAUUGCUAUGCAAUUUAUAACAACUACAUCGGUGGUAUGCUUUUGCUUUUAUCAAUUAAGUAUAGCAACAACGAAAGCCAGACAUAUUGAAAUUAUAUCAUAUGUAUCUGUUACUUUGAUUGAAAUCUUCUGCUAUAGUUGGUAUGGGAACGAAUUAAAAACAAAGAGUCAACAAAUGAGUGACAAUAUUUACGAAAUGGAGUGGCUGACGUUGGACAAAAAUAAUAAAAAGUCUUUAAUGAUAAUAAUGAGGCGAACAAUUGUACCUAUUCAGAUUACUUGUGCUUACAUUGUUCCCAUGAAUCUUAAUACAUUUAUGGGUAUACUUAAAACGUCUUAUUCUUUUUACAACUUACUUAUACAAAAUGUAAUGCGCAUACUUAAGUUGACUUUUAUACUUUUAACGAUGGCUGGAUGUUGGCGACCAGAUUCUUGGUCAUCACUGCAUAAACGCGUAGCGUACUACGUGUAUACAAGCAUAACAGUUUUCUUAGUAAAUACCUUUACGCUAUCGCUAUUAAUAGACCUCACCCUAAUAACGGACAAUGCCGACGAUUUUUGCGAUAGUUUCUUAUUUAUAAUGGACAUGUUAAAUGCUUGCUUUAAAGUAUUCAUUUUGCUCAUAAAUCGCAAAAACAUUAUUAUGAUAAUCGACAUACUGAUGAAGAAACCAUGUAAACCGUCGACAUCGACUGAAAUAAACAUUCUCUAUAAAUUUGAUAAAAUCAUAGAAAUUAAUACUUGGCGCUUUGUAUAUUUGGCAGCGGUAACGUUAUCAUUUUUCGUGUUAUCUUCUUUAUCAAGCUUGAAAAAUGGAAAAUUGACAUACAGAGCAUGGUUGCCAUUUGAUUAUUCAUCAACGUUACUGUUCUAUCUGGCAUUCAUUCAUCAAAUGAUAGGUAUGACUGUCGCAACAGUCGCUAGUAUUGGUUGUGAUACUUUCAUCUGGGGAAUAUUAGUCCAUAUUUGCUGUCAAAUUGAGAUCUUAACUUAUCGUUUGAGAAGAUUUAUAUCUUAUUCAAACGUUCUUCGCGAUUGCGUGCGUCAUCAUUAUGAUAUAUUCAGACUUGCGUUUAUUGUAAAUGAAAAGUUUAGACUGACUAUUGCUAUCCAAUUUAUAUUAACUACAUUGGUGCAAUGCUUCUGUCUUUAUCAAAUAAGUAUAGCAACAACGAAAGCCAAACAUAUUGAAAUGAUAUUAUAUAUGGCUUGUAUUUUAAUUCAAAACUUCUUCUAUUGUUGGUAUGGAAACGAAUUAAAGAUAAAGAGUCACCAAAUGAUUGACCAUAUUUUCGAAACGGAGUGGCUGACAUUGGACAAAAAUAGAAAAAAGUCUUUAAUGAUAAUAAUGAGGCGAACAACUGUACCUAUUCAGAUUACUUGUGCUCGUAUUGUUCCCGUGAAUCUCGAAACCUUUAUGGGUAUACUUAAAAUGUCUUAUUCCACUUACAACUUACUUACACAAAAUAUGCAAGUGUGAUUCUAUGAGAAGACUGAUGGACUUAAUGUACUACUCAUAUCAUAAUAUUAAAUCUGAGAAGAGAAAAGAAAAGAAGAAAGAAGAUAGUAUAUUUGCAAUUAGUCAUAAUAAUCAGCAUUAGUUAACUUUCAU